CUUAAUUUUUUUCAAGUUUUUAAUAGGAUACUAAUGAAAAUUUGUAUUUGUUAGUAAAUAAAUAAGGCUUUAAAGUAAUGUCCAGUGCUGUGGUAUCCGUGUUUAGUAAAACAACUAAUAUCUAUAAGGAACUACAAAGAGUUCUUCCUAAUAUUACAUUUCAUUGUGUGCAAGAAAUAGAAAAUGAUGAACAGUUUCGAAAAUCUCACAUUAUCGUAGGAGAUUAUGAUCUAAUUGGGCCUCACAUAUAUAAUUUGCCACAUGUGAAAUUGGUACAAGGUACUUGGGCAGGUAUCGAUGCACUUAUUCCGCAUAUCAGAAGCAACACGCCUCCCACAUUUCCUAUUGUUAGGUUCACGGGAAACCAUUUUGGACGUCUCAUUGGAGAAUAUGUAGUUGCAUGUAUUGUUAAUGUUGAGAGAGGUAUAUUUGAAAUGAAGGAAAAUCAAAACAAGCAGCAAUGGGUCAGAAAAGGGAAAAUAACCGAGUAUAGGUCUAUAUUUGAUUUAACAAUUGGAAUAUUAGGUGUAGGAAAUAUUGGUGAUAAAAUUGGGAGGCUUUUAAACUACAUGGGUGCAACAGUUUUUGGGUAUGGAAGACGAGACUCGAUUGAUCUAGUGGAAAAUAAUCAUAUCAGCCAGUAUUUUAAUGGUAACGAUUUAACUCGAUUUUUACAUAAUUGUGACUAUGUUGUCAAUGUAUUGCCAAGCACUGAUCAAACUAAGGGAUUGUUGCAUGGAACUGUUUUGGAGAAUUGUAAAGAAAGAGGCACAGUAUUUGUAAAUGUUGGGAGAGGAAGUGUAAUCUCCGAGGAGAGUCUUGUCAGGGCUCUUCAAGAGAAGUGGAUAUCUGGAGCAAUUCUGGAUGUGUUUGACAAUGAACCAUUGAGGGAAGAAAGUUUAUUAUGGAAAAUGGAAAAUGUAUGGCCAAAGGUAAAAAUCUAUAGCAGUGAUAUCCGGAGAUCUAGAAGGCCCUUCUAGGUUUACAAACUCUUCUUUUCUUUUGAAAACUUCCAGCUGCCGCCAAAUUCCUUGCUAACUUUCCGAAAAUUUUAGCUGAUGGAAGUUGUCUCUGGGGAAACCGAUGUUGGUAUAAAUACCUGGCAGCUUUAGUGUUCUUUCGGCACUCCAUAAAUUAAAAUCAUAUCUAGAUUUUCUUAGUUAUAGUAAGCAUUCAUGUUAUAAUUAGUUAUAGAUAGAAUA